AACACUCCUUUGGGUUUGUAAAAUAGUAUAUUGUGCUUACUUAAAAUGGGUCGAAUAUUCCUAGCCGACGAGAAAAUACAGGCAUAUGUGGAAAAUUUACAGCGUUCGGGGACAUGGUAUCUCGGUCUUGUCAUAGGAAAGCUCUCAAGCCCAAAGGAUUAUGUUGUCCAUAUUGUUCGUACACCAGAACCAAUGGAGGAUCAGGUCGGAGAUGAUGAUGCAGAUGUGGAUGCGGAAACCUCAACAAGAAAGAGGAGAAAGUCACAGACAAAACCUGCCACCUUAGAGGCAAUGAAUGAGCUUUGGGCUUCGACACAUGCCAAACAAGUGACCAUGAUGUUACCUGGAGGAUUGAAUGUGAUUGGUAUAUUUGUUGUUGCCCCUGAUGCAAUGAUAGAUAAAGCACAACCAAAACUGAGACAGAUUUUGUUUGCCAUUCAAAAACAGGAGAAGAAAUCACCUGUACCUGAGAUGACAGAAGCUGUUACAGACAGAGUUUUACUUCAGAUCUGCUCAACAACGAAAAAAUAUACCUGCAGAACUAUAGAUGUCAGUGACCCAAAGAGUACAUUUCGACCAGCAGAUUGGAAGUUUCAGCCAUUUUCAGAAGUGUGGAACUGUCUGGAGACAAGCAUGGGUGUGAAUAUUCCUGUCGAUAUUCCAGAAAAAUCUCAAAGUACGACACUAGCUAAACAAAUACAGAAUGGUUUACAGCCGUUUUGUCAGAGAUUACAGACCAGUUUGGUACAGAUUGAUGAUAAACUGAGAAAGAAAACAGAAUUACUGGACCAGUCUGCAGAAAAGAAGGGUAAACACAAGGACAAGUCUACAAGAUCUCAAACCAGAUAUAUCUGCAAUAUUCUUGUCAAACAUUCAAACCCGUGUCCGCCAGCGGCUCCGGUAAUUGAGACAACUUCUACACGGUUGUUGAUGCGGGGUACUAUACAUGGUAGAGCUUAUGUUACCAGUAAAGCUACUGUUAAUGAGGCUGAGCAGGCAUUACAAAUCGAUGUGAUACGAAGUGUUUUAUCAAGAUGUGAGUUACUAUGUGAUGAUAUACAGAUGAUAGAGGAAGAUGCUGAGGCUCAUGAAGUGUAUACAACACCCAGGAGAGUGUUCUUUAAUCUACCGGGCAGCCAGAUACAACUGUGUGACUAUAUGUUUACUGAUGAAAAACCAGUAGAAGUAAAAGGUCGUGUUCAGGAGUUACUGGAUAUAUCACUGGAGGAAGAUGAUCUUGAUUUAACCACAGAAAGACCUGCAACUGAGGAAGAUUUUCAGCUGUUAGGUGAGGGUACACUCGAGGCAGAUACCAUGACCACAUCUACAGAAAGUAAUAAGGGAUUUACCUAUUAUAUAGUUGCUGGUGUUGGGGGUCUAGUUGCCAUGGCAGCUGCGGCAAUGACAUAUGUGUUUUCUGAGAAUACAUGAGGGAGAAAUGAACCAUGGAAUCAUGGUUGUACAAAAAGAGAUUACAUCACAUUUCACAGAAGUGUUCAAUUUAGAGUUACUUCCCUUUGAUGAUCGUUUCAACAAGCUUCAGUGCUGGAGUUAUUGAAGAUAUACUGUUAAUUUAUUCUAUUGUGUCUAUUCUUCUUUUUUUUUUGUCUUUUUUUUUGUCCUAUUAAGGAGUCAUUGGAUAUGGGAACGUUUGUUAUGUUAUUUGUUGAUAUAAAUCAUCAGUUUUAACCUGUACCAUACUAUAUUUGUUUAAUGAGCUUGUCCUGUUUUGAGGUUUGGGGCAGUCCAUCCAUUAUGAAUGUAAGGGAUUUUGAAUAGUAAAACGAUGAAUUUAAGCAGCCAACUGUUAAAGCUUUGUCUGACUGUAGGGAGGUUUAGAUUGGAUUGCUUUAUACUAAUUUAACAUAUUUAUUUAGGCUCAAUUUGGAAACAAGUUCUUGCAACUGAUACAAUCACUUUUUUUUUUUUGGGGGGGGGGGGGAUGCUUUCUGGAACUAACUAGUACUGGUGUCAUAUAGAACUAACCAGUACUGUUGUCAUAUGAAAAAAACAUGGUCAUGACCCGGGUAAGGCUCAAAACCUUGAUCCCUAGGUUGAGAGGCAUACACCUUAACCACUAGACCACCACUCCAUUUAUACUGAUGACAAAUGCAAGUUAAAAUUGUUACCCACAGAAAGCAGCAAGUUGUUUCCACCAGUAUAUAGCCAGGCCAGCCUGAACUUCUGUGCAGUCUGACCAGACUCUAUUACUGUUACAUCUCAAUGUUUUGUAUUUUGAUUUUGAAAUCCCUUAUUUUUCAAAUGGACUGUUCCAAAUUCAUCAGGAUCAGGGUUAAAACAUAUUUUGAUGGAAGGGCUUGAUCAUAAAUAUAUAUGUUAACAGCUUGAUUCUAGUUAUAACAAUUUUUUGAGUUAAAAGAUUUUGGUAUAAUAUGUGUGCAAUAAAUGUAUGUUAAAUGUUUGUGGGAUCAGUGUUAAAUAUAUGGACAUUUUUUUGUGAAUUUUUUUGAGGUAAAUGUAUGAAAUUAAUGGUGGGUAUAAAAAAUUUCUUGUGGUCACAGGUAUCUUGUACAAAAUUUUGAAUUGUGCUGUGUUUUUUCUCACUUAAUUGGAAAGAGGCCUCUUGAUUUGGGGAAAAAUUAUCAUUAAAAUUGCCAACUUGGGAAGUAAAAAAAAGUUUAUAUUUUGGGAGAAAACUACUUGAUUUUAAAGACAAUUGCCAUAGGGAAGAGGCCUUAUAUAGGCCUGUGUUUGUAUAUAUAAGGUGAAAAAUCAUGGUUCUAUCAAUACCAUGUAAAAAAAAAUUAUCACUUAACAAAGAUCUGUUUUCAGAAUGAUCACCAUUAUAUUUAUUAUUGUAUAAUUUCUUACCAUAUCAAACAUUAUGAUCAUUUUAAAAAGUAUUGAUAGAAUACAAAGUAGUUUAACAAAGAGGAAAUAUGUACUUUGAUAAACAUCUUAUUUCUGUGUACUUUUUUGAAAAACAGAGCUUGUAUAUAAUUUAACUGUUUAUCACAUAAGCCACAGUGCAGGAGUGUAGUAAAUCCAUUUAAUAAAAUUAGAUCGUCUGCUUUGAGGAAAAAGUUGAACUAUUAUGAUCAACAUAUUAAUGCCAAACUUGGUAUUCAUGCAUAUCAUGACAAAAAGCAGUUGUAAGACAAGAGGCAUAAUUCUGAAAGUUAUAUUUUUCGGAGUUAUGCCCCUUUUUAUCUUAGAAUUUUCUUAUUAAUAAGAAGAAUGAUUCCAAAACUGUGAAAGAUAUCUGCAUAAAACUUGUGAUACUUGAUUACUAUGACAGAGGAGAUUUAACACUGCUUGAAGUGCUCUUGUUACAAUGUAAUAUUUUUUAAAUCAUGCUAAUGAAAAAAAAUUGUAUAUUGUUGGUGAUCGAUCCCUUUUUUCAAUGCUAUAAAUUUUUUCAAGCAUUUAGGAAGUUAUCAAAAUAAUUGUGAUUAUCAUAUUGUUUUUGCUUAUUUGUUUUGUUUUGUUUUGUUUUUUUCUUAAAAAAGGGCAGAAAAUCAUGAUCAUGUUAAAAUAAGAUUUAUAGUACUUAUUACCUCCCUUUACAGGAUUUUUUUCAGACCUUGAAAAGUUCUUUAUAUAAGGUUGUUACUUUAAAAGUGCCUAAAAUUUGAGAAGAGAUCAUUUUUAUGUAUAAAGCUAUUCUAGUAAAAGCUUUUCAGCUACUUUUUUUUUCUUCAGAAAAUACUAUAAACAGCACACCAUAGAUUUUUGCUAAUUUUUAUGAAAAUCUGGUAAACUAUAAUAACAUUGUAAAAUGUGUUUAACAGGGCAAAAAAAAAACCUCUUACUUAUAACAGGAUUGGUAUAUAGCAUAAUACAAUUUGUAAAUCCAGCCAUUCCUUACAAAGAAUGACACAGAUUUCAAAUAUUUAUGCACUUUUUUUAAACAAGAAUCUGAAUAACAAAUGUGUUGUUAUAAGAAACCAAGUUCAGUCACCUGGAUGUGUACAGGUUAAGAAGUAAUGUCAAGCUAAAAAACCAUCUGAUAUUUCUCACAGAUGUUAUACUGAUUCAAAUAUGCUAUACACUAGAUAAUGUGCAUUUCUACUGUUGACAACAAAGUUACCUCCCUUUGUACUACAAACACCAUUUGCUUAUUUUUUUUUAUUUUUUGGCAGCCUCCCAAUAUAAAUGAAAGGAAACUAUUUGAAAAAUCAAAAAAGUGCUUGCUUGUGUAUAAAUAUACUUAGUAUAGAUAUUGUUCAUGACAUUGUAUGUAUCUUUUUUCUUAAUACAUGUAUAAGUUCAGAUUUUGGAAUAGAAGUGGCAAUUUAGUGCAAUUUUGUACAUGUUAUAAUUAUUUGGCUAUGUUUAGUAUGUUACAUGAUCAUGUGAUAUAUUUGUAUUGCAUAAAGUCCAUCCCCUGCUGGAACCAAAAGUGAUAAACAUUUGUCUCAAGUUCAGAUCCAGGCCAGCCGGUACAUCUGUUUAGUCUAAAUUGUAGAUCCAUCCAGCCUGUCUAAAUAGUAGAUCCAGGCAAGCCUGCACAUUGGGGUAAUCUAAAUUGUAGAUCCAGGCCAGCCUGCACACCAGGGUAGUGUAAAUUGUAAAUCCAGGCCAGCCAGCACAUCGGGAUAGUCUAAAUUUUAGAUCCAGGCCAGCCUGUCUAAAUUUUAGAUUCAGUCCAGCCUGCACAUGAGAUGUAUCUUAAAUUUUGAUACAGGCCAGCUAGCAGAUCUGUUUAGACUUAAAUGUAGAUCCAGGCCAGUCUGCACAACUUUGUAGUCUAAAAUUAAGAUAUCAUGUUAUAUAUAUGUUAACAUUUGUCUCCAGUGUAGAUCCAGGCCAGCCUGCACAUCUGAGUAGUAUGACCCUGCACUGCAGUGCUGCUUGCUGGCCUGAUAUUUGAAUUUUCAUCUUCAUAUUUGCAAAAAUCAUGAAGAACAGUUUAAAAAAGCUUGAAGUGUGGAGAGUCUGUUUAAUAAAUUCAGCAGGUUAAAGUUUUUUUUCUAUAAAAAUAGAUAAAUUUAAUAUGGUGACAAUGUUGUAGUUCUGCAUAGGCUUAUGACAUAUUUACUCACGCACAAGUCAGAUCUUUUACACAUUUUAUAAGACAAAGUUCAGCAGACAAUAAUAUUAAGAGGAUAUUUUUUCGUUUGAGUGAAAUAUGGAAUAUAUUUUCACGAAACAUGAUAAAAUGCCACAUAUUUUCACGAGCCGGGACGGCGAGUGAAAAUAUGAUCGAGGCAUUUUAUCAUGUUGAGUGAAAAUAUAUACCAUAUUUCACGAAAAACGAAAAAAUAACCUUUUUAUUUAAUUUCAUUAUCAAAGAAAAAUGGUUAUGAACCCCCUUGCCUGCUACACAACUGCAAUUAUACAGCGCGUCUUGUUUUGCACGCGAUAUUUAGCGCUAGAUUGUGACGUCACGUAAACAACUUUUUAAACGUCUGUACAGCGUUAAUGAUUGAAUUAAAGAUAUUGGUGUUCCGAUUUAUUUUCUUAGACCAUUUUCUAUCAUUCUAGAUAGUUUUCAAAACAAAAUUCAACAAAAAAGUUGUUUGUAUUUAUCAGAUUUUUCAAACAAAAUGGCGAAAGAAGUCCCUUAAAAUAAAUAUGAGUUUUGACUCCGCCCACUUUCAUAUUUAUAUUUCAUAUUUCUUUUUAAAAAAUAUGAAAUAUAUUUGACUGAUAUAGCACCAUAUUUCAUGGGUAAAAUUAAAUAAUGCUCUAUUAUUAUGAACAUAAUCAAUUUUUAUGGGCUCUAGAAGUUUAUUCUGAGGAGCAUAUAAUGGCAGUGUGUCCUGCCAUCUUUUAUUUUGUGAGGCGAAUUAGGUCUAAUAAUUCUAAUGACACCUUCAUUUAUUGAUUAUUUUUUUAGAUGUAAAGUUAAUAUAUUCAGUAUGAAAUGAAGGUCUUUUGCAUGCAUAUCUGAGUUGAGGUUUUAGGUCCAUUGUGUCAAGGUCACUGAUGUCAAGGUCACAGAUGCUAAAAAUAGAUAUGUUCCCCUUCUUUUCCUCAUAAAACUUUCAUUUAUCAACUGAUACAGAUACUUGCUCAAAAUUAACAUUAUUCUUUUUCAACUUUUCCAUAAAAUUUGACAUGUUGUUCGUUAGUAAAAUGGAUAUACAUGUAUAUUAUAACAUGUUCUCUUGACAUUUCUUUUGUAAUGGUGAACAUGUUGCAAAUUUUCAAACAAAUUAUUAUUGUAAAAUCUAUUUUUGUACCUAUCUCUGAUUGUUAAGUAUUUAUCCUAACACAUUUUGAGUAAAUGAAUACAAAUAUUGGGACCAACUUCGUAGUAAGCUAGUAAGUUCUCAUUUAUGUAAAAAAAAUAGUUAAAUGAUUUUGUUCUGUUGUUUAAUAUGUAAAAAAUAAAGAAAUUAUAGGGACUAUCUGUAUGAAUAUUUAUGAAUGGUACUUUAACAUUCUGUUUCUUGCACCACAAUUAUAGCAUGUGGAUUGUUUCGUUAUCUGUUGAGAGUAUUUGAUUUUUGGAAUAUAUAUACGUUAAAAGUACGUAUUUUCAGCUCACCAGAGCCGAAGGCUCAGGGUGAGCUAUUAGUAUCAAAGCGGGAUGCGUCCAUCAUCCGUCGUCAUGCAUCACCAAUGGUCUUCUUCUCUGAAACUUCUGGACAGAUUUUCUUCAAAUUUGGUCUGUAGCAUCCUUGUGACGGUCACACUUGAAUUUGCUCAUGUCAUUACAAUUGGCCCCUUUUAGGGGUCAGCAGAGCUAAAAAUAGAAAAACCUUGAAACACCUUCUUCUACAGAACUAAUGAUUGGAUGAUCACCAAAUAUUGUCUGUAGCAUUCUUGGGUAGUCUUUUAUCAAGUUUGCUUAUAUUAAUUUGAUUGGCCCCUUUUAAGGAUCUCUAGGGCUAAAAAUAGAAAAACCUUUAAACAUCUUCUUCUACAGAACUAAUGGAUGGAUGAUCACCAAACUUUGUCUGUAGCAUUCUUGGGUAGUCUUUUAUCAAGUUUGCUCAUAUUAAUUUGAUUGGCCCCUUUUAGGGGCCGCUAAAGCUAAAAAUAGAAAAACUGGCCAAAGUCUAUUUCUAGAGAACUACAUGUAAUUGAUGGAUGAUCACCAAACUUUGUCUGUAGCAUUCUUGGGUAGUCUUUUAUCAAGUUUGCUCAUAAUAAUUUGAUUGGCCCCUUUUAGGGGCCACUAAAGCGAAAAAUAGAAAUACUGAAAUGUCUAAUUCUAGAGAAGUAAUGGAUGGAUGUUCACCAAACUUUGUCUGUAGCAUUCUUGGGUAGUCUUUUAUCAAGUUUGCUCAUAAUAAUUUGAUUGGCCCCUUUUAGGGGCCACUAAAGCGAAAAAUAGAAAUACUUAAAUGUCUAUUUCUAGAGAAGUAAUGGAUGGAUGUUCACCAAACUUUGUUUGUAGCAUUCUUGGGUAGUCUUUUAUCAAGUUUGCUAAUAUUAUUUUGAUUGGCCCCUUUAAGGGGUCUCUAGGGCCAAAAAUAGAAAAACCUUUAAACAUGUUCUCCUACAGAACUAAUUGAUGGAUGAUCUCCAAACUUUGUCAGUAGCAUUCUCUGGUAGUGUUUUAUCAAGUUUGAUCAUAUUAUUUUGAUUGGCCCCUUUUAGGGGCCGAUAAAGCUAAAAAAAGAAAUACCUUUAAAUGUCUAUUUUUACAGAACUAAUUGAUGGAUGAUCACCAAACUUUGUCUGAAGCAUUCUUGGGUAGUCUUUUAUCAAGUUUGCUCAUAUUAUUUUGAUUGGCCCCAUUUAGGGGCCGCUAAAAUUAAAAAUUGAUAUUCAUUUAAAUGCUAUAGCUACAGAACUAAUUGAUGGAUGAUCACCAAACUUUGUCUGUAGCAUUCUUGGGUAGUAUUUUAUCAAGUUUGCUCAUAUUAAUUUGAUUGGCCCCUUUUACUAAGGUAAAAAUAGAAAAAUAGAAAAAACCUUUGAACAUCAUUUCCUACUGAAAUAAUUGAUAGAUGAUCACCAAACUUUGUAGCAUUCUUAAGUAGUCUUUAAUCAAGUUUGCUCAUAUUAAUUUGAUUAGCCCCGUUUAAGCUAAAGCUUAAAUACCCCAGGUCAUGGCAUUUUUUCAAAUUAUUGUUUAAACAUGCAUUCUAUGCUCACAUUUAAAUAUUAGAAUAUAUUGACAAUCCAACACUAGAAAGCAGUUGUUUCUGGUGAGCAACUCAGGGCCAUCAUGGCCCUCUUGUUUAAAUGUUGUAACAUUUCUUUGAUUGUUGUUUAAAAUUGAAAUUUAACCCCCGGGAAGCAAGAUUAGUGGAUAAUGUGAGAAUAAACAUGACAGUUUCAGUGUAAAAAAUACUGUUAUUUCUUGUUAAUAUAAAUUUUAUUUUUGAAAUUUCAAGUGUGAAUGUGCCAUAUGUGUUGAAUAAAGAGCAAUUAUCUGACUGUA